UGGUUUUGGAGGAUACAUCAUACAUAUGCUAUGCAAUCUUUAGACUUGAAUCCAAGUCUAUACUUUUCACAUACAAAUAGAAAAGCGAAUGUGAUGGUCUUGCUCAUGCAUGGCAUGGCGGCCGUAACUAGAUAGUCUACAACUCAUGCACACAGAGAGAACUUUUCCGCUAGAUAGCCGAGCAAAAUAUCCACACGCACUCCGUCGGCGUCGGUGACCAUGGGCCUGUUGACCGGCGAUGGCGGUAGCGGUGGCGUUGGCUACAACGCGAGCUGCGGGAAAACCAGCGGCCUGGUGUGGAACCUGACGUCCUCCUACGCGGACCAGAGCAACGAGGCCUCCAUGCUCUCCGCCACCGUCAUCAUGUUCCUCCUCGCCGCGCUCUUCUUCAACCUCAACCUCUUCAGCGGCCUCUCCGACACCAGCGCCAUCCUCGACCCCAAGGUCCGCGUCGUGCUCUCCAAGGCGCUCUCCCUCUUCCUCCCCGUCAUGUCCUACCUCUUCUCCGAGGCCAAAAACGCCGGCGGCCUCGCGUGCGGCGGCGCCGCCGCGGCCGAGCUCCCCCUCCGGGCCCGUCUGAUCCUCACGUGGAUGCUCCUCGUGGAGCUCCUCCGCAACAAGGUGGAGGAGAUCCGCAUGCAGCGGGGGGACGACGGCUGGCACAGGGGCACCGUGGAGCGCGCCGGCCGCGUCGUCUGGCUCGGGAGCCUCGUCUUCUUCAACCUACGCGGCCCCGGGCGCAAGUCCAUGCUGGGCAUCCUCUGGCUCCUCUGCGUGGCCAAGCUGGUGCAGAGGGUCACCUUCACCUUGGUGGGGAAGAACUCUCUGGCCUACGGGAAGAACGCGCGCCUCAUCAUGUCCUACAUGCACGCGCCUCAUCACCAGCAGCAGCAUGGAGACGACGACCACCACCACGACGAGCUCUUGAAGGGGUGUCGGUACGCGGUGAUGGGAGAAGACAAGCUGGUGAAUAAGCCAACCCCGGCUGGCUACAGCGUCAGAGGUGACAUCACCACCGCUGCGACGACGACGACCGUCGGGAAAAUCUGGCAGCUUGCAGAGGAUGACCUCUUCCUUGCCUCCGUCGACCAAGAUGGGCGGCUGAGGAGGCUCUGUCUCUCCUUCGCGCUCUUCAAACUGCUUCGCCGGAGUUUCGAGCACCUGCCGCCGAUGAGCGAGGCCGAGACCCGCGACUGCCGGGGCCUCAUCUUCUUCAAAGGAGGCUUGUACAGCAGCAGCAAGAGCAGCAACCAGAGCAAUGGCCGAGGCGAAAUCGAGAAGGAAGUAGCAGCAGCAGAGGAACUGUUCCAGGUGAUGAAGGACGAGACCAUCUUCCUGAGCGAGUACUACCACUCCGUCGUCCCCGUGGCCUUGGCGAGCCCCUUCUUCCUGCUCGCCAACUACCUGCUCCUCCCGGCCAUGGUGCUGCUCCUGUGCCUCGUCAUCGUCGUCCUCUGCGGGAACGGCGACGUGUUCUUCGCCUUCGACAGCCUGAAGAGCGACAACUACAGCGUCUCGUUCGGGGUGGUCAGGAUGGCGAGGUGCCUCUUGAUGAGAGUCCUCAGUUCGCCGUCGGUGUUCUUCUCCACCAUCGACCUGUCCAUCACCUUGCUCCUCUUCCUCGUGCUGGUGUACGAGCAGGUGUGGGAAUUUGUGGUCUUCCUCUUCUCCAACUGGUUCCUCGUGUCGAUGCUCCACGGGUACGCGGCCAAGCCCCACUGGCGCCGGAGCGCCACCUUCAGCUGGGCCAUCCGCCGCAUGCUGUGGGUGCGGAGCAAGAUGAGCCACCCGGACAUCACCAUGAAGCAGUUCUCCGCACUGAGGUCCUGCCGUCUCAGCCGCCAACUGAGGAUGAUGCCGGCCGUCUCGCUGACGCUGCCGGCCAUCGCCGUGCCAAAGGAGGUGAAGCAUUCCAUCGCGGAGUACUUAUCAGCGACGUCGCUGCAGGAGGAGGACCACUACGACCCCACUGGCAGCCGUCGGGGGCUUCUCAGCAACGGGCAGCUCGCGGUCGCCGAGUACGGGGAGCUCCGGCGUGCGUGCAAGAGCGAGAGCAUCGCCGAGGUGAUCCUCGCGUGGCACAUCGCCACCUGCCUCUUCGAGGAGAAGUUUCCAUCGCCGUCCGCCUCGCGUGACAUGGUGGUGGCGACGACGCUGUCCAAGUACUGCGCCUACCUGGUAGCCUUCCACCCGGAGCUACUGCCGGAAAACGAGGAGAGCGCGGAGCGCGUCUUCGAGAUCAUGGAGGAAGAUCUGAGGCGUACGGUCGGUUUCUGGCGCUACCACCUGCCGGCGGCGGUGGCGCCGCUGCUGGGCUCCGGGUACGAGCAGAUCAUGCGCCUGGAAGAGAGGCCGAACCUGGCGCAGGCGCUAGAAAUGACAGAGAUGUCGGCGCUGCAGAGGGGGGCCAUCCUGGAGCACGCACUGGAGAAGGAGGCCAAGGGCGCCGCCGGCGUGGAGGUGAUGUGGAAGGUGCUGGCUGAUCUGUGGGUGCAGAUCAUGGUGUACGUGGCGCCGUCGGGGGACGAGGAGCACGUCAUGGGGCACGCCAAGGUGCUGCCGGAGGGCGGCGAGUUCGUCACCGUGCUCUGGGCGCUGGCCACGCACACCGGCAUGCGCCGCGCGGCGCCGGUGGCUGUCGGCAGCAUGGAACAUGUUUAGGAGCUUCCUCUGCGAAUUUGUUCUAGAUGGUGCAGGCGUAAGGUUUAAGUGUUGUAUCAGUCAGUUGUGUAGUCAGAAUGAUUUCCCUAGGUAUGUGAUGGAAUCUAUGUUGGGGCUGUUCAAGGAA